AUGUCAACUAGUAGUAAUGAAAAUGAGAGUGAUGAUGAGUUUCAGGAUAAUGAGAACAUAAAGAAUUCUUUUUCAGCGUUAGAUAGUCUUGAGAAUGAAGCUUUCGGUUCAGAGAAAGAAACUACUGAGGUAGGUGAUUCAAAAAAGAAUUUAGAUAAGAAUGACCUUGCCAUUUUUGAAUCUGCAAAGGAGAUAUUGGAGACAUUAGAGCAUACACAACGUACUGAUCUUGCGUUACACUUGUACUCAUCAUACUUACUUCGAACACUUUUAUAUAAAGCCAAUGAGAAACGUCAUAUAGCGGAAAUCGACCUUCUAUAUACAACUCAAGUCAAAGAGAAUUGGGUAAGUUGGCCAAAUUCUAAUACAAUAAUUGACCCCAAGACAGAUAAAUUGUAUGAAGACGAUAUAGGCAAGAAAACACAGAUCUACGAUGAUAUUAUAGUCGAUAAGGGUCAAAUUUUAACGCAAAAUAUGAAAAAAGAACAAAUUGAAGAUAUCAAUCUUAAUUUUGACGUGUUACCUGGUGAAGUCUCGACAAAUGCGUUGAUUCAUGGUUCACAUAUGAUGGAGAGAGAAUUGGAUGCAUACUGGCAGAAGAUAAUUUCAGAAUCAGCAAUUUCUAACAAUGAUUAUUUGGAUAUUGAUACAAUGAAUAUUCCCUCUACAAUAUCCGACCAUAUUCUGAGUAAACUUGAUUUAUUUUUUGAAGGUUUACACAAUCAAGUGGCACAACAAACAUCUAUAAAUAUAAAACAAUCCAUAGAUGAUGGACAUAUUGUGAUAUCCCAACCUGAUAAAGUGGCAGAAAUAAAAGAGAAUAAGCAUAUUGAAUUGGAUUUUCAUGAUGUUAUCCUGCGAAGUUGUGAUAUGGGUGAAAAUAUGCAAGAAAUUUAUAUGAAAUGCUUACAGUUAUUUAAUGAUAUACCAAAAACAUUUGACAAGCAGCAUUUUAAGUUGCCAAAACACUAUCUUAAGAAGUUCUCUCCAGCUCCAAAAAAGCAUAAUUUAGAAGUAGAAGAAGCUAUAAAGAACUCUAGGAAAGAUUUUAUUGCCAUUGAAGAUGUUUUGAAGAAGACAACAAUCAAAUCAAAACAGAAGGCAAAACUUGCAUUUAAAAAUCGUAAAAACACAGAACUGAAUAUUAAUAAAAAGGUAUUUUAUAAAAUACAAGGACCUAGUUUAAUAGACCUUGAAGAUCUGGACUACACCGUUAAAGAUGCUUUACUUUGA